AGAAGAAGCCGAGCCGAGACUCCGGGCAGCGGCGCAGGCGGCGGCGGCGAGGGAGACGCCGCAAGACUGCAUGAGACGAAACGCUCUGCACCGCCGAAUCAAAGGAAGGAAGCCGAAGAUAACAAAACGAUGAAAAACUUUUCCCCGGGAUGAUGAGAUGCGAUUCGGUGUAGUAAAUCCUGUCGGGGGGGCACAAAAGCGCUCUCCGGGUAUCUCCUCACAUUUUUCAUCACAAAGUCAUGUUAUCCUGUCGUUGGGAUGUACGUAAGUCGGUGCAGCAUCCGAGGUGGAAGGAUUUCACCAUAAAAUACGUUUCGGCCGCGAAGAUAAAGUUGUUAUAAUUGUGAAACCCAAGCGAACCCACGCGCUGCUCUGGCCACGCCCUCUCUUUCCAUCUUAGCCAAUAGCAGCGUCCGUUUCCUACCAUAUGACUCCUUUGUGAUGUGGGCGUGGCUUAAAAUUGUCAACAUCCUGGUGACAUAACUGGUGUCUCCAAAAUGGCGACGGUGGACCAGAGGGAAGCAGGACAGGAUGACCCAGACAGCGAAGACGAGGUGUAUGAGGUGGUGGACCUCACAGAAUAUGCCCGGAGGCACCAGUGGUGGAGCCGGGUGUUCGGGAACAACUCCGGGCCGAUUGCUGAGAAGUAUUCCGUGGCUACCCAGAUCAUGAUGGGAGGGGUGACAGGCUGGUGUGCCGGCUAUGUUUUCCAGAGAGUCGGGAAAAUUGCAGCUACUGCCAUCGGUGGAGGAUUUCUUCUUUUGCAGAUUGCCAAUCACAGUGGUUACGUGCAGGUGGACUGGAAAAAGGUGGAGAAGGACGUAAACAAAGCAAAGAAGCACCUGAAGAAGAAAGCAAACAAAGCAGCCCCUGAAAUACACACAUUCAUUGAGGAGGUAAAGGCCACAGAUUUCAUUAAGAGGAACAUCGUGCUGACCAGCGGGUUCGUUGGCGGCUUCUUUUUGGGACUCGCCUCCUAAAGCUGCUGCUCCUGCUGUACCUCCCAUCUACUGUGAAUCUCAUCACUACAUCCCUCACCAUCGUUUACCUCUUUACCCCACGUGUCUCCUGAUUUAUCUCAUCAUGAAGAGAGAGAAAGAGAGGAGUUUAUGUUAAAUGUGUUGUAAGCAUGGCCUGUUGUAACAGUGGCUUUCAUGCUUUUUUUUGCAAGGUAGGUUCUGAAAUCCCCCGAUUAAGGUACCGUUGUAAAUAUUUAGGUCAAUUUACCUGAGAAAUUUAAAUAUUUCAUAUAGGAUUGAAGGAUCAGGAAUAUGUUGCCAAACUCCGAAAUAAUCCUGAGAUUUACCUUUUUUUAAUGUGUGAUGAGUCUGGAACCCCAAACACUGUUUAGGAAGGUAAGUUUUCUUAUGGAGACGCGGUUGGCAACGGAGAGCAUGAUCAAAAAAAGGCUUUUUAAUGACCGGAUGAUCGUGUUUAACUACAACAAAACUGUAUUAUGGAAAAGUCUGGUUAUUUCAAAGCUUAAUCAAGCAGCAGCUUUGACUCUGUGACGCCUAUUGUAGUUGUGAGUCUCUGUGGCAACAACAUAACUGCAUUUAUUUAUAGGAUUUAAACUCAGCAAAGUCUACGUUGCUUACAUUUUUUUGCCUUUUUUUUUACAAGUGCAAUAAGCUGUUGUGUUAUAUCAUUGUUCUUGAGGUCACUAAAUCUGAUGCUUUUGUUGUUGCUCUUUGUUUAUAUUUAACUUUAUUUUGAUAAUACUGCUUGCGUUUAAUUUGUGAUCUUUUUUUUCCUUGAAUAAAUAUGGCUGGAUUUGU